AUGGUCUUCCUCCCAUCAGUCGUCACCCACUCAUCAAACUCUCUGGUAGUAGCUAGGAGACGGGCCCUCGAGCUAUAUCGAGAAUGGAUACGUGCGGUCCCUGAUGUAGUCGAAUUCUACCAGCUUGACCUGCCUCAACCCGUCAUCCGCAACCGCAUCCGUGCUGAAUUUGAAAAGCAUCGAUUUGUACGAGACCCAUCAACCAUUGAUAUACUGCUCUUCAAGGGGAGAACAGAACUAGAAGAAACUAUGAAUAUGUGGAAGCAAAAGACUCAUGUAUUGAGAUUCUUUGAUGGCACUGAAAAGAACUCGGAUAGGAAGCCUGUUGGGUAUCUGGAGAAAUUCUAUGCUAGGCAAUAG